AUGGGCAUGCCUGCAACCAUCAGUGAAUACCCAGCCGCCCCCAAUCGUUCCCAGUGGGAUCUUUGGCACCACUGGGCUGAGACUCGUUACGACAAGAUGGUGAAGCACUUGGCGAAAUACACCAAGAAGCAUAAGGAAGUCAGCAAAUCAGUCUUUAAAGAAAUGUACAAGGAUGAAGUUACUCGCAUCCGGAAGAAUUUAUCACCUCCCGCCUUUCAAGCGGCACCUGAUGUGUUGAACAGCGAUCUCAAUAUUCCCAUCAAUGUGAAGAAGGCAUGGCAAGGUAGAUUGAUGAGUCAAGCCGGCCGACAGGAGGGAAAAUCCGCUGAGGAGCUGAAAGCUGAAAAGGCUAGAAAAGCAUCAAUAAGCUGGAUCAAAAGUAAAAUUGCGGAAAAGAGACGUGCCGCUGCCAUCAAGAAGAUGGGGAAGCAACCCUCGUUAGCACUUUUUUUCAAUAAGGAGACCGUGUCUGAUUGGGAGGACCAGACACCACCAGCAAAACCCAAGCGAAUCGACCUAGUUUGGAGGAGUGAAGCUUUCAAAAGGUGCUCUCACAAGCUUGAUGAGAUCAGCUUGACGAUGACAAAAACCAAAAAUGAAUCCAAAUCAACCCGCAAGCUCCUUCAACGAGACAGCGUUGAAGUCAAACCAGAUGUUGAACCUGAAUUUGAUCAAAUUCCUCGAAAGCUUCCCAAGGACGCUUACAAUGCCAAUUUCCUUUCAAACAUCUCCCUGGUUGAACGAGAACACCUUGACCCCCAGCCCGGAAUUGACUUGGAGGGGAAAUACCAAAUAUUGGAAGAGAUGACUAGACGUGGAGGACCUGGAGCGGCUCGGAGCGCUCGAGGAAGUAUAGGAGACCUUGGGAUGACAUCCUUGCAAGGCCCAAGUACAGGCAGUUGA